AAACGAGCUGCAUUUGCAACAACAGGGAACACUAGAGAGAACAUGAGCUCUAAUGUUUUAUUUUUUAUUUCCUGGAUGUCAAUCUACAGCUAAAGAUUUCCUCUGAGGUCCGCCAGGGCCAGAGCGUCCCCCGCGGGGGUGAAUAGGAGGCACCAUGGGGUCAGGAAGACAGGUCAGGCUCCUGCUGUGGAAGAACUGGACCAUCCGCAGGCGGCAGAGGAUCCGGUUCUUCAUGGAGAUCGUGUGGCCCGUGAUGCUGUUUAUGGGACUGGUGUGGCUAAGGAGAGUCAACCCUCUCUACCGUCAACAUGAAUGCCACUUCCCUAACAAAGCCAUGCCCUCCGCUGGUAUCCUGCCGUGGAUUCAGGGAAUCUUCUGCAACGCCAACAACCCUUGCUUUCAGUACCCCACCCGUGGUGAAUCUCCGGGUCUGGUGUCCAACUACAACAACUCCAUACUGGCCCGAUUCUACUCGGAUGCAGAAGAGCUCCUUUUCAGUGACCCGGACUUUCUGCAGGUCGGUCGUCUCUGGAGGGAACUGAACGCCAUGAGCAACUUUAUGAACACGCUGCGCACUCAUCCUGAAAAGGUCUCAGGUAGAGGAGUGAAGGUGGAGACGAUCCUGAAGGACGAUGAAACUCUGACGUCAUUCCUGCUGAGAGACGUUCCUCUGACGGAGUCUGUGGUGUAUCAUCUAGUCAAUGCCCAAAUCAGGCCUGAACGGUUUGCUUUUGGGGUCCCAGACUUGCAUUUAAAAGACAUCGCCUGCAGCCUCAACCUCCUGGAGCGAUUCCUGAUUUUCCAAAGCCACAGAGGACUCUAUUCCGUUCGGAACGCCAUGUGCAUCCUGACCCCGCAAAGGCUGCAGAUCAUCGAGGACAAAUUCUAUGCCAAUGUGGAUUUUUUCAAACUCUUCCGGCUGCUUCCUCGUAUUCUGGACAAUUACUCUAACGGCAUUGACAUUCACUUCUGGGUCCGGAUCGUCUCCGCUGCUUCGGACAGACUGGGAGAGUUAUUCCACAGGAGCAGCUCCAGGGAGCUGAUCCAGGUCUUAAAUCCUUUAUUCCAGAAUAAUCUGUCCUUCAGGAAGGUGAUGGCGGCUGCUUCCAGCCUGGUAUGUGGCUACACAGAGGGGGCUUUCUCCAGAGUCACCUCUUUUAAUUGGUAUGAGGACAAUAACUACAAAGCCUUCCUGGGUAUCAGCAGCGGCUGGGCCAAGGGUGACUACACUUACGACAAUAGCACCACUCCUUUCUGCAAUGACUUGAUGAAAGAGCUGCAGUCCAAUCCUGCCACAAGGAUCGUGUGGAACUCUGUGAAACCGAUGCUGAUGGGACGGAUCGUCUACGCUCCCGACUCACCUGCUGUCAGGCAAAUCAUAAGAAAUGCAAACACCACGUUUGAGGAGCUGGAGAGGCUGAGGACUAUGGGAAAGGCCUGGGAGGAAGUGGCUCCUCAGAUCUGGGCUUUUUUCCAAGAUGGAGUCCAAGUCAAGAUGAUCCGGUGUCUGGUUCUUGAUAAAUUUAUACCUCUACCUGAUGAAGACGCCGUCACUUAUCGCGCCUUGGACCUGCUGGAAGAAGGCAAGUUCUGGGCGGGUCUUGUCUUUACGAACAUGUUCUCCUGGACCACCAGUGUUCCACCUCACGUCAAGUUCAAGAUCCGUAUGGAUAUCGAUAUGGUGGAGCGCACCAACAAAGUUAAAGACAGGUACUGGGACCCAGGCCCCAGAGCUGAUCCUAUGGAUGACCUCCGCUAUGUCUGGGGCGGCUUUGCCUACCUUCAGGACAUAAUAGAGCACGGGAUCAUCAGGACUCACACAGGAAAAGAAUGGCCCCUGGGGGUCUACCUACAGCAGUUCCCUUACCCUUGCUAUGUGGAUGAUCUCUUCAUGCUGACGUUGAACCGCUGUUUCCCCAUCUUUAUGGUUCUGGCCUGGGUCUACUCCGUGUCUAUGAUAGUAAAAAGCAUAGUUUUGGAGAAGGAGCUCCGCUUGAAGGAGACCCUGAAGACCGUAGGGGUGACCAAUGAUGUUAUAUGGUCCACCUGGUUUAUUGACAGCUUUUUCAUGAUGGGUACCAGCACCGCGCUUUUGACUGCUAUCAUCAUGGGAGGGAGGGUUCUGAACUACAGCAACCCUGUCAUCCUUUUCCUCUUUCUGCUCUCCUUCACCACUGCCACCAUCAUGCAGUGCUUCCUCCUAAGCGUCUUUUUCAACCAGGCCAACCUGGCAGCGGCGUGCUGUGGCAUCAUCUACUUCACCCUAUACUUGCCCCACAUUUUCUGCUUUGCCUGGCAGGACAGCAUCACCAAAGACAUGAAGAUCAUGGCAAGUCUACUGUCCCAAGUGGCCUUUGGGUUUGGUACGGAGUAUCUAUCCCGAUAUGAGGAGCAAGGAAUGGGGCUGCAGUGGGACAACAUCCAGACCAGUCCUUUAGAGGGGGACGAGUUCUCCUUUCUCACAUCUAUCUGUAUGAUGAGCCUGGACACGAUACUUUAUGCUGCUCUAGCCUGGUACCUGGACAACGUCUUCCCAGGACAAUAUGGGAUUGGCCGUCCCUUUUACUUCCCCUUCCUGCCAUGUUAUUGGCUCAACAGUGUUGCUCCGGCCUCUGGGAAUUACAAAACAGAGCUGGAGAAAAAAGGAUUUGAUAAUCUGACAAACAAGGAGCAAGGAGAUAAAAAGGCAGGUGAGGAAAUCGGUGACCAGGUCCAACUUCAGGCUAAUGAGAAGGAGGACAUCCCCUCAUGUGAACACUAUGAUCAGCGUGAAAACUUAGGCCAGACAGAGCCUGAGAAGAAGGAAGAGGAGCUGUUUUUUGAGCCAGAGCCAGAAGAUCUAGUAAAGGGCGUCUGCAUCGAGAACCUGGUCAAAGUCUUUAGCAGCUGCUCCUCCCCAGCAGUUGAUGGACUCAGCAUCAACUUCUAUGAGAGCCAGAUUACGGCUUUUCUUGGCCACAAUGGAGCCGGAAAGACCACCACCAUGUCAAUUCUGACUGGAAUGUUUCCUCCCACCUCGGGAACGGCAACCAUUUAUGGAAAGGACAUCCGCACCGACAUGGACACCAUUCGCAUGUCUCUGGGCAUGUGUCCUCAGCACAACAUCCUUUUUCAGCACAUGACGGUGGCAGAGCACAUUCUUUUUUACGCGCUGCUAAAAGGGCGUCCAUUAGCUGAAGCUGAAGAAGAGGUGGAAAACAUGCUGCAGGAUCUGGGCCUUCCCCAUAAGAGAGAUGAGCUAACCCAGAAUCUCUCAGGGGGCAUGCAGAGGAAGUUGUCAGUAGCUUUGGCUUUUGUUGGAGGAGCCAAAGUGGUGAUCCUGGAUGAGCCCACCUCAGGGGUUGACCCUUACUCCAGGCGCUCAAUUUGGGACCUGCUGCUCAAAUACCGGUUGGGACGCACCGUAAUCAUGUCCACUCACCACAUGGACGAGGCUGACCUUCUGAGCGACCGAGUGGCCAUCAUCUCCAAGGGUCGCCUUUAUUGCUGCGGUUCGCCCAUCUUCCUUAAGAACUGCUUUGGGGCAGGCUUUUACCUUACUCUUGUUCGCAAAAUGAAGCACGAAACUCCUAAUGCUGGCUGCGACUGCACACAGGACUGCUCCUGUAAAUGCUCCAAAUGUUCAAAGUUUAAAGCCAACCAGGAGGAGAACCGCACCCCAGACAGACAGCUUGACGGUAACGUGGAAAGCAUCACGGCCCUGAUCCACCACCAUGUGCCACAGGCUCGUCUCAUUGAAGCCAUCGGACAAGAGCUCACCUUUCUACUCCCGCAUCGGGACUUUCAACCCAGAGCGUACGCCAGCCUCUUCAGGGAGCUGGAGGAAACACUUGUGGACAUCGGCCUCAGCAGCUUUGGUGUGUCUGACACAUCACUGGAGGAGAUUUUUCUAAAAGUUACAGCAGAUGGAAAUGCAACCAACAGGAACCGUAGUCAAGAAUCCAACGGCCAUGGACCAAGUGAGAUUUCAGAGGGCAGUGCAGGCAAGGGAUCCUACCAAGUUAGAGGCCUCUCUUUGAUCAUCAAACAGUUCUUUGCUCUGCUGAUCAAGAGGUGGCAUCAUGCCACACGCUCUUACAAAGACUUCAUUGCCCAGAUUGUGCUUCCAGCCAGCUUUGUCUUCUUGGCACUGAUGAUGACACGCAUAGUCCCUCCUUUUGGAGAGUAUCCGAGCGUGACCCUCACUCCUUGGAUGUAUGGCAGACAGUACACAUUCUUCAGCAAUGAGCGCCCCAUGGAUGCGCAGAUGAGAUAUUUUGCUAAGGUUUUGCUUGACAAGCCUGGUUUCGGGACGCGCUGCAUGGCCGAUGAACCUUUGGAAGAUUUCCCAUGUAAUAACAUCACCACUGAGUGGGAGAUGCCCCUGGUUAACCCCUCCUUGAUUGAAAUGCUGGAGAGCCCAGAGUGGACCCCUCUUAGACCCUCUCCAGGAUGUCAAUGCAGCACAUCCAAGAAACUCACCAUGCUUCCUGUGUGUCCUGAAGGAGCUGGGGGUUUGCCUCCUCCACAGAGGAUCCAGUCAACAGGAGAUGUUCUGUUCGACCUUACUGGUAGGAACGUCUCUGACUAUCUGGUUAAAACUUACCCCACCCUUAUCAGGACCAGCUUGAAGAGCAAAUAUUGGGUCAAUGAACAGAGGUAUGGAGGUAUAUCAGUGGGUGGACAACUCGCUGUUUUAGAAGUCCAGCCAAAGACACUUCAAGACCUAGCAACCCAGCUGGGACAACUUCUAAAUGUUACUGGGGGUCAAUAUUCCAAACAAACACUUGAAGGACUAGGGAAAUUCCUGAGAUAUAUUGAAACGCAGAACAAUGUCAAGGUAUGGUAUAACAAUAAGGGCUGGCAUGCCAUGGUGUCUUUUAUGAAUGUGGCCAACAAUGCCAUCCUUCGUGCAAACCUGCCAAAGGGAGCUGAUCUGAAUGAAUAUGGGAUCACUGUCAUCAACCACCCUUUGAAUCUGACCAAAGAGCAGCUCUCUGAGAUCACUGUUCUGACUACUUCAGUGGAUGCGGUGGUGGCCAUUUGUGUCAUUUUUGCCAUGUCCUUUGUCCCAGCUAGUUUCGUCCUCUAUCUCAUCCAGGAGAGGGUAACUCAGGCCAAACACCUGCAGUUUGUUAGCGGUGUCAGUCCACUGGUGUACUGGAUAGCCAACUUUCUGUGGGACAUGAUGAACUACUCUAUCAGUGCUGCAAUGGUGGUGGAAAUCUUCCUCUUUUUCCAUAAGAGAUGUUAUACCUCCCCAAGCAAUCUUCAGCCACUCAUUGCCCUACUUAUGCUGUAUGGCUGGUCUGUGACUCCCAUGAUGUACCCCAUGUCCUACGUCUUCAGCGUCCCCAGCACGGCCUACGUCUCUCUGUCAUGUAUCAACCUCUUCAUUGGGAUCAACAGCAGUGCCAUGACCUUUAUCCUGGACCUGUUUGAGAGCACCUCAGCUCUUUAUAGGUUCAACCAAAUGUUGAAGACAGUGUUGCUCAUCUUUCCCCAUUACUGCCUUGGUAGAGGACUUAUAGACAUGGCGAUGAACCAAGCUGUGACUGAUAUCUAUGCUCGCUUUGGUGAGGAUUACAGUCCAGAUCCCUUUAACUGGGACUUCAUUGGGAAGAACCUAUUCUGCAUGGCUGUCGAGGGAUUUGUCUAUUUUAUCAUUAACAUCCUUUUUCAGUACCGCUUCUUCCUGGAUCAGUGGAUUCCAGAUAACCCAAAGCCUCAUAUUUUGGAGGAAGAUCAAGAUGUGACUGAGGAAAGGGAGAGAAUACAUAGGAACCUAAAUAAAUGUGAUAUUUUACGCAUAAAAGACCUCUCCAAGACAUACAGAGGAACAAUCAUCCCUGCAGUGGAUCGAAUCUGUGUUGGAGUUUCGCCUGGAGAGUGCUUUGGUCUACUGGGGGUAAAUGGAGCUGGGAAGACCACAACAUUUAAAAUGCUGACUGGAGACAUAGAUGUGACAUCAGGGGAAGCUUCCGUCUCUGGUUACAGUAUUUUGACCAACAUCCUGGAUGUACACCAGAACAUGGGCUACUGUCCACAGUUUGGCGCCAUCGAUGAGCUGCUGACAGGAAGAGAACAUCUGCACCUGUAUGCCCGCCUCAGAGGGGUCCCAGAGUCUGAGAUCAGCAGGGUAGCUGAAUGGGCCAUCCAGAAACUGGGUUUAUCAGAGUACGCAGGCCGAAGUGCCGGGACCUACAGCGGAGGAAACAAGAGGAAACUCUCCACAGCUAUUGCUAUGAUUGGCUGUCCUGCGCUGGUGCUGCUGGACGAGCCGACCACUGGUAUGGACCCGCUGUCCAGGCGUUUCCUUUGGAACUCCAUAAUGAGCGUUAUCCAGGAUAGACGAGCAGUGGUCCUCACCUCCCACAGCAUGGAAGAAUGUGAAGCUCUGUGUACCCGCUUAGCUAUUAUGGUCAAUGGAUCCUUCAAAUGCCUGGGAACCAUUCAGCAUCUAAAAUACAAAUUCGGCGACGGAUACGUUGUUACCAUGAAGAUCAGGGCGGCCAAACCCGGCUGCCCCCCAGACCUGAACCCUGCUGAGGCUUUCAUGGAGAGCACCUUCCCUGGUUGCAUCCAAAGGGAGAAACACCACAACACCCUGCAGUACAAGAUCUCCUCCCCAUCUCUGGCACGGAUAUUUCAAAUGGUCCUCGCUAACAAGGACACGCUGAACAUAGAGGAUUACUCUGUGUCACAGACCACUCUUGAUCAGGUUUUUGUGAAUUUUGCCAAGCAGCAGUCCAGAGAGGAUGACACCAUUGUGCUGCACCCAAAAGCUGCAGGGGCCCAACGGUACAUUGAAACCACGGCGAUCAAGUCUUACAGGAAGUGAAAGUCAGCUGAUGGAAAGGCGUUCACUUUACUUGUCGUUGGAU